CGCACAUUCCUCUUACGGCUUCUGAGGACAACUGGUGGAGCACACAUGCACAAAUACGCACAAAACCGCACGCUAUAAAGAGAGGAGGACCGCUGCAUCACAUUCAUCUCUUCAGUCAGGGAUUGGUUGCAGUGUCAUCAUGGCAGAGAAAAAGAUGACGCUAAGCCGGAGGAAUUACCUCAAGAGUUUGCUGCUGCAGAUUGGUCAGGCCAUGUUGGAUGAGGAGGCUGAGCAGGCCGAGGAAGAGAAAAGGAUAUACUUGGAGGAAAACUGCCCUACCCUCUCUGUCCCGGGAUGCAUGCAGGAGCUGCAAGAGCUCUGUCGGAAACUUCACAAGCAGAUUGAGCUGGUGGAUGAAGAAAGGUACGACAUGAAUAUGAAAGUGAAGAAAUCUGAGAAGGAGGUCAACGACCUGAAGCUGAUGGUUCAGGAUCUCAAUGGAAAGUUUAAGAAGCCGGCCCUUAAGAGGGUGAGAAUGUCAGCUGAUGCAAUGCUCGCUGCUCUUCUGGGCUCCAAACAUAAAGUGUCCAUGGACCUGAGGGCCAACCUGAAGCAGGUCAAGAAGGAGGUUAAGGAAGAGAAGAAGCAGACUGGUGACUGGAGGAAGAACGUUGAAGGCAAAGCUGGGAUGGAUGGCAGGAAGAAGAUGUUUGAGACCGAGGCCUGAGCUGAUGUGUAGUUUUUCUGCUGUUGGCAAACAUGCUUUGUUUGUGACAACAUUGCUGGAAUUGUUGUGUCGAUUACAGAAGUUAAAGAAACCAAUAAGAAAGGGCACUAUUCAAUCAUGAUAUACUGUAAUAUAAAAUACUAUACUAUACUAUAAUAUAAUAUAAUAUAAUAUAAUAUAAUAUUGCAGCUGAGAUAGGCUCCAGCAUUCCCCGCAACCCCGAAAGGGACAAGCGGUAGAAAAUGGAUGGAUGGAUGGAUAAUAUAAUAUAAUAUAAUAUAAUAUAAUAUAAUAUAAUAUAAUAUAAUAUAAUAUAGUGUUCUUUGUGACAUUUGGGGUUUGCUUUUUCUUUGUUCCGGCUUCAUUUCCUGUUUUGUGGUUUUAUUUUGUAUUUCCCUUUUUUUGUUUUGCGCCGUUUGCGUCAGCUUUGCUUUCUGUUUGGGCGGUUGUAGUGGAUUUACAGUGUGUUAUUUAAGUUCAGCCUUUGUGUUUGCUUGAUGCUGGAUCAUUGUAAGUAACUAAGUCAGUAAAUCAGUAUGUUUCUUGAUUUCUCUAAUUAAAGACCUUUUGACUGAACCACCGACUAUGUCUCUGCAUCGUGGGGUAAUUCUACUCGUUAUUAGUGAAACACCGGGCGGAUGUAUGGUUAAAGUAUACAGUAGAG